ACAGGGCCGUAUCUGUGACACACACGCAUCAAAUCGCAUUACAAGCUUCCUGCCCACUGAAUUGUGAAAGAAAACCCACAGCAAGCUCUUGACAAAAUGUAAAAGUUACUCGUGCAACCCUGUUAGAGGAAGUUAGCUGAACAGACGGGUCUCACUAAGCAGCAUUCACACUUCUUUCCUGACCAUAAGACACGUUCUGCCAGGACGAAGCUAGAAGCACGAUGAAGAUUCAAACGUUCACAUUCCUUUUUCUUCUCACAUGGAGUGCAAAUGCAGUGAUUCGGAUUCCCUUGAAGAAGUUUAGAUCCAUCAGACAUACACUGAGUGACCACAUGACCACUGAGGAGCUAAAACGCAGGUUUGAGGAUAAUGAGGUCCCUCAUCUGGCUGAAGUCCCUGAGAAACUCACCAACUACUUGGACGCCCAGUACUACGGUGAGAUCGCGAUUGGUACGCCUCAACAGAAAUUUACCGUCAUCUUUGACACUGGCUCCUCCAACCUCUGGGUGCCAUCCAUCCGCUGCUCAUUCUUCGACAUAGCAUGCUGGUUUCACAAGAGAUAUAAUUCGGGAGCAUCCAGCACUUACAAAAAGAAUGAUACAGUGUUCGCAAUUCACUAUGGAACAGGGAGCCUCGAAGGAUUCCUGAGCCAGGAUACAGUCACUAUUGGCAGUCUACUGAUCACAAACCAGACAUUUGCAGAGGCAGUGAAGCAGCCCGGGUUUAUAUUUGUUGCUGCCCGAUUCGAUGGUAUUCUCGGAAUGGGAUAUCCUACUAUUUCUGUUGAUGGCGUCCUUCCAUUGUUUGAUAAUAUAAUGCGGCAGAAACUGGUGGAAAAGAAUGUCUUUUCAUUUUACUUGAAUAGAGACCCUACUGCACCGAUUGGAGGAGAACUGCUCUUGGGAGGCACAGACCCUAAAUACUACACAGGUGACUUUCAUUACCUGAAUGUGACUCGUAUGGCUUAUUGGCAGAUCAAGGCUGAUGAAGUCACAGUCGGCAGCCAACUAUCUCUCUGCAAAGGAGGCUGCCAAGCAAUUGUAGACACUGGGACUUCUCUGAUUACUGGACCCAGUGCAGAAAUCAGUGCACUCCACAAGGCUAUAGGAGCAUUUCCAUUCUUCAACGGCGAGUAUAUUAUUAGCUGCAACAAGAUCGAAUCACUGCCCAACAUCUCAUUCAGCCUGGGUGGUGUACAGUACAACCUAACAGGGGCCGAAUACGUGCUGAAGAUAUCAAAUAUGGGGAAGACCGUAUGUAUUAGCGGAUUCAUGGGUUUGGAUAUACCUCCGCCUGCCGGACCCUUGUGGAUCCUUGGGGAUGUCUUCAUUGGCCGGUACUACACAGUCUUUGACCGAGACAGCAAUCGGGUUGGUUUUGCCAGAGCAAAAUAAACACCAAAAAGAGAACGCCAUGCUUCAUUCAGAGAAAUGAAAACUAAAUUUGUACUGUGAUUGUGAUGGACGACCAACAAAGCUUCUAUCUUAGAUUUUUGUACAAGAGAGAUAAGAAUAUGAAAAAGUAUAAUUUCCAUGCUAUUUUACCUGUUUCUCCAUAUAUGAUGCACUUCAAAUAAAAAAAGCUAUUAAAUCAA